CAGUACGGUGCAUGACGGUGAGUAGUGCGGGAAUGGCUUCGCAAGAUGAACUUGACCGGGCGGUCGCGCAGUGGCUGAAGUGGGACAAGAAUCCUAAAACAUUAGCUGAAGUUAAACAACAGAACUGUGAUGGGAACAUUGAACUGCUUCGGAAGUAUUUUGGGCCCAGAAUGCUCUUUGGAACAGCAGGGUUACGGUCAGUCAUGGGACCAGGAUUUUCCUGCAUGAAUGACCUGACCAUUAUACAGACAACCCAGGGUUUGUGUCGGUAUCUGGAAAAAUCCUUUUCAGAUGUGAAAGACCGAGGUGUCGUGAUUGGUUUUGAUGCACGUGCUCACCCUCCCAGUGGAAGCAGCAGUCAAAGAUUUGCCCGAUUUGCUGCCACUGUUCUGAUUAGCCAGGGUAUUCCUGUGUAUCUUUUCUCUCAGAUUACUCCAACACCAUUUGUGCCUUUUACUGUGUCCCAGUUGAAGCUGUGUGCUGGAAUAAUGGUAACAGCAUCUCACAACCCCAAGCAGGAUAAUGGUUAUAAGGUUUACUGGGAAAAUGGGGCUCAGAUUAUACAACCCCAUGAUGAAGAAAUCGCAAAGGCCAUUGAGAAAAAUUUAGAGCCGUGGCAAGGGUCAUGGAAUGACAAGAUUGUUGACUGUAGUUCCCUCAUUAAAGAUCCUUAUGAAAAUAUGAAAAAUAAAUAUUUUGAAUGUUUACAGAAACAUUGUUUUUACAGGGAUAUAAAUAAAAGCACCAAACUUAAAUUUAUCCAUACAUCUGUGCACGGAGUUGGACACGAAUUUGUACAGUCGGCUUUCAAAGCAUUCAACUUGGCUCCUCCUCUUGCAGUUCCAGAGCAGAAAGAUCCUGAUCCGGAGUUUUCAACAGUCAAGUACCCAAAUCCAGAAGAAGGCAAAGAUGUAUUGACAUUAUCCUUUGCCCUAGCUGACAAGGAAGGAGCCAAAAUCAUUUUGGCAAAUGACCCAGAUGCUGACCGUCUUGCUGUGGCUGAGAAGCAAGAAGGUGGAGAAUGGAAAGUGUUUUCAGGGAACGAAUUGGGUGCCUUGUUGGGCUGGUGGAUUUUUACUUGCUGGAAGAAGCUAAAUCCAGAGUCCUCUCGUCUGAAAAAUGUGUAUAUGUUAGCAAGUACAGUCUCUUCAAAAAUUCUCCAGGCAAUUGCACUAAAGGAAGGAUUUCAUUUUGAGGAAACCUUAACUGGCUUUAAGUGGAUGGGAAACAAAGCUAAAGAACUGAUAGACAAGGGCAAUGAGGUGCUUUUUGCAUUUGAAGAGGCAAUUGGUUAUAUGUCUACUGAAUUCGUCCUAGAUAAAGAUGGUGUUAGUGCUGCAGCCAUUGUUGCAGAAAUGGCUAGCUUUUUAGCUUGCAAGAACAUCACACUGUCCCAGCAGCUCAAAGCAAUUUAUGAAGAAUAUGGUUAUCAUAUUUCAAAAGCUUCAUACUUCAUAUGCUAUGAAACUAAGAGUAUUCAAAGGAUGUUUGAAAAUUUACGAAAUUUUAAUGGAAGUAAUGAGUACCCCAAGACCUGUGGGAAGUUUGAAGUUUCUGACAUUCGGGAUUUAACCACUGGCUAUGACAGCAGCCAGCCAGAUAAAAAGGCUGUGCUACCAACCAGUAAAAGCAGCCAAAUGAUCACCUUCACAUUUAAGAAUGGAUGUGUAGCUACCCUAAGGACUAGUGGGACAGAGCCUAAAAUUAAAUAUUAUUCAGAGUUGUGUGCACCACCUGGAAAUUGUGACCCAGAGAAAUUGAAGGAGGAGCUCAAUGACUUGGUCAAUGCAUUGGUGGAACAUUUCUUCCAGCCAGAGAAAAACGGCUUCACAUCUCAAUCCAACUGAAAUGAUCUCAAAAAUAUUCUUGUCACUGUCAGUCUUAACAGCAGACUAUGUUAACUGUAUUUGCUGUGCUUUAAGUUCAAGUAGUUUACUAUUUUAAAAUGUGCUCUGUUGCUCACAUCCUGGGGAGAAUGAAUAUCUCCCUUUUGUACAGUACUGGUGAAGUAUAGCGGUUGAUUUCCCUUUACAGCUGGAUGUUUCAUAGGUUUCUCUCCUUGAAAUGGUAAGAAAGUUGGUUUAGUACACUCCUUUGUGUGUUCCAGACCCUAUAAUGCAUACUUAUUCAUGGUUUCAAAGCAACAAGGACUGCAAAAUUCUCCCGUUAAUAAGGACUAGCUUUUCAGUUGCUGAGAGCUUAUGCAGCUCUCAACCUAGGGGGUAGAUGAGGGGGAGGCAGAAGCUGUCACUUUUUUAGAUUAUGAAGAUGCUCAGUCCUCUUUUAUCGUCAUUUAGAAUUGCAUGCAUGCAUUAAGAAAUGAUAUAAUAUUUCCUCCGGUGUGAUAUCAGAAAACACAGGACAGACCAAGACUGAAAAAGCUAACAAAACCACAUAAUUAUAACAUUUAGUUACAACAGUGCAACAAUACCAUAACUUGAUGAAGUCCAUGAGCACAGUAAAAAGUUCAAAGUCUCUCAAAUGUCCCACAUUUCACGCAGACGGGAGAAGGAAGAAAAACUCUCCCUGCCAUGCCCGACCACAGUCCAACUCUGAGUCAUCCGAAAACUUCGAGCCUCCGAUCAGCUCUCCGACACCGAGUACUUAGCGGUAAAAUCAAAUCAAAUCUCAGAUGUGAACAAUUUCCUGAAUAGAGCAUAUUUCUUUUUUUUUGUUUCAAACAAUGUUUGACUUGACUAACUUCUUCAUAUCAUAACCUUUGCAGAUUUUAAUUUUUACAUUACAUUUUCACUAAUAAUUCAGCGUAUUGUUGAUUUCAGGCAAAUAUGAGAAUUGAUGUCACCAAACUUUAUAGAAACUUCUUUUUGCCCCUUUAAUGCAUUUUAGUAAUGUGAAAAUACCUACUCAAAGCUUAAUGCAUUUUGUUAUUCUAUGUUCUGUAGAUUAAUGUGAUUUGUAUUUUGUAGGAAUAUACAAUAGAAACAUCUUAACAUUUUGGAAACACUGUGUGGCAAGCCUUAUAGUAUUUGCAGAGAAACUGGGAACAUUUAUUCUGUUACUGAAAAUGUUUCUAUUGAUGCGUCAUCUGUCAAUUGUGUGUAUAUGGCCUGCUUAGAUAAAAGAAGCAGCAUUUGCUGUAAAUUAUUUCAUAAAGAUCAACAAUGGCAAGUGAUAUUGGUCCAUCAGACUUCAGAAACUGGGAAAACAAUUUAGCAACUAUAAGCUUUCAACAAUAACUUAUGGAAUGUCAAGCAAUUAAAUGGUUUAAAUGUUUAACCUAAUUUAAGUUGAAAUGUACGUUACUAUUGUGAUUUGUAAAGUUACCUACUGCAAGGUUUUAAGGCACUAAUUAAAUAGAUCGAUUGAUUUAAGUGCAGUGUGUAUUUCACUGCAGCUUAAUCUAGAGGAUUAAUACAAUGUUCAAAAUGCAACCAGGAACUUUGUUGCUUAAAAUUCAAAAUGCUUAAUUGCAUAUGGUAUUUCUGAAAAAUAUUCUUUGCCUGAAUUACUGAAACACCAUUUGCCUUAAGUGGUCCUUUUGUCACCUUCCAGUUGAGUUUCACUCCUUACUAUGCUGAUUAUUAAGACAGGUACUGUUUGAACAAUUCAUACUGGGUGCUUUCACUUCUAAGUUGCUGCUUCAAUUCUACACUUAAACAGAAGUUGCAGCAGAAUGAGUAGCAAAAUAAAAAAAAUUAUUAUUACCCUAACUAUAGAAUUGAUUUUGCAUAUUAAUGUUUUGUUUUACAGAUGUACUCCUUAUUACCUGCAGUUUUUUACAGUACUUAUCCAACAAGUUGUCCUGUUAAUUUUAUUACAUGUGAUAAUUACCUUCAGUUUUUAAAAGGGCAAUGUUGACACUAAUUAACAUCCAGGUAAAUGUGGGAUUAUACACUGAGCAGCUCAGAUGCACUGCUAUCUUUUGCUUUGAUUAUAGCAUAUUAACAUAUACAGUAUGCUACAAUUCUAAACAUGUUGGAUAUUGCAGAUUGUUCUUCCAAAAUGUCAUAUUUGCAGUAUUAAAAGAUGCAAAUGUUACUUGAGUUAAGUUCUUUA